AUAUAUAUCCGUUAGGCCUCAUUGCACCCACAUAGCAAUGCUUACCGCUACACUCCUCCUGCUUCUGCUGGCUAUAGCGGUGCUGAGCAGGCGGCAUGUGGGCCUCUGCUGGUGGAAGGACUCGAGGGAGCUGCCUGGCCCUUGGGCUUUGCCCUUUGUUGGCAAUCUCUUCCACAUGUUCCAUUCCGACCUUCCCAUCCACUUCCUUGACUUAGCCCAGCGAUAUGGACCCAUCUAUCGCCUCCGCCUUGGGAACAAAGACAUUGUGAUUCUGAACAAUUCGGAUCUAAUCCAUGAAGCGCUGGUGCAGAAAUGGUCUGACUUUGCCGGACGGCCUCACGGUUUUGUUGGAAACCUUAUUUCAUAUGGAGGCAAGGAUCUUUCCUUGGGCAACUAUACCCCAGCCUGGCGCUUGCAGAGGAAAAUGACCCACGUGUCUUUCCAGCGUUGCCUGCGGGGAAACAUGGAGCAGAUUGUGCAGACCCAGGCCCGGUACCUCUGCAAGGUUUUCCACAGUUAUGACGGGGAACCUGUGAAUUUGGCUCGAGAUUUUUCCUUGCAAGCCUGCUGGAUCAUCUGCACUGUGUUGUUUGGGCCUAUGGAUGCUUCCACUGUUGAAGAACUGCUAGACUGCAUCUAUAAGCUAGUGGAAAAGUGGAGUGCAAUUUCUGUCCAGGUGGUGGAUGUGCUGCCCAUCCUCAAGGUAUUCCCCAACACCAACUUGCGGCAUCUACUCUCCUAUGUCAAAGCUCGGGAUGCCUUUGUCCAGCGGGAGAUGAAAAAACACCAGGAGUCCCACCAUCCCUCAGAGGGACAGGAUGUGGUAGACCACAUGCUACAGUUUCUGCGAGACCACGGAGCCGGCAAGUCGAGGGACGCUGGCCUUGAGCCGGAUCAUAUCCACAUGGCCAUUGUCGACAUGCUCAUUGGCGGAACCGACACCACGGCUACCUUGCUCACCUGGGCUGUGGCCUUUUUGGUGCAUCACCCGCAGAUCCAGGAACGAAUCCACAAAGAGCUGGCGACAGUUGUAGGAACCGAUCGUGACCCCACCUAUAGGGAUCGGGAGCAUCUGCCCUACUUGAAUGCCACCAUCCUGGAGACCUUGCGGAUGCGCCCCUCGGCAGUCCUUGCUUUGCCCCACAUGACCAUCCGUGACACAAGUUUGUCGGGGUUUUCCAUUCCCAAGGGCACAACAGUCAUCGCCAAUCUCUAUGGGGCCCAUCAUGCUGAGAGUACAUGGAAUCGCCCCCUGGAGUUCAGACCAGAGAGAUUCCUGGAGGACGACACUUCAGGGGAGGCCCAGCGGCAUCUGGUGCCGUUCAGCUGUGGGGCACGGGUCUGCCUGGGGGAAGCACUGGGGCGCAUGGAGUCUUUUGUCUUCCUUGCACACAUCCUGCGGGAUUUCCAGAUACUGCCCCAAUCCCCUGGAUGCCUCCCUGACCUCAAGGGACAAUUUGGGAUGAUUGUGCAUUGCAAGCCAUUCAUGGUGAGGCUGGUGCCCUGGGUGGUGGCUGAUCCUGCAAAAUGAGGCCUCUCAUUGUGGGAGAGUGAAGGCCCCUCCCUCACCUGCCCUGGCCCUCUCUUUCCAUGCCCAGUGCAACUCUCCUAACGUACAGCCAGUGUGGUUUAACACUUAGGGCAUCAGACCUGGGAGAGCAGAGUUCAAAUCCCACUUGGCCACUAAGCUCAUUGAGUGACCUUCGGCCAGACACUGUCUCUCAUUCUAACCUACCUCACAGGGUUGUUGUGAGGAUAAUAUGGAGUGGGGAGAACCAAGUAGACCGCCUUGAGCUCCUAGGAGGAAAAGUGGCAAAUAAAUGCAACAAAUAAGUAAGCUCUAACUAAAUUUAACCCAAACAACAUGUAAUGUAUGUUAUACUAGCUUUUUAUCCUGAACUUUUUAUUCAUCCAAGUCUUUUAAUCUUGUGUUUUAAACCAGGAUUGAGGGUCUCUGUGGCCUUCCAGACGUUGCUGGACUCCAACUCCCAACAUCCGUGACCGCUGUUGUUCCACACUGACUAGGGCUGACGGGAAGUGGAGUCCAGCAAUAUCUGGAGGACACCAGCUUGGCGAAGGCUGCCUUCAGGCUUCACUGUUUUAAAGUGGUUUUAAAUAAACCAUAUGCCAUCAUCACUCUCUUAUUGUGCUUGUAAGCUGAGCUGCAAAUUGUUUUGGUCCGUCUCUGCUAGAAAGGAAGAUCUUAUGUUAUUAUUUUUUGUCAGUCCUGUAUUUUUAAAAUAAUUAAGAUUUUUUUAUGUUGUUAAAAAAAAUAAAGGUGUCCCCGCACUUGUAGUGCGAGUCGUUUCCGACUCUUAGGGUGAUGUCUUGCGAUGUUUACUAGGCAGACCGUAUAUAUGGGGUGGGAUUGCCAGUUCCUUCCCCGGCCUUUCUUUACCCCCCAGCAUAUGCCGGGUACUCAUUUUACCGACCACAGAUGGAUAAAAGGCUGAGUGGACCUUGACCCAUUUUACCAGAGAUUCGACUUCCUCCUUCCGUUGGAAUCGAACUCCAGCUGUGAGCAGAACUUCGGCUGCGUUACCGCCGCUUACCUCUCUGCGCCACGGAGGUUGUUAGCCACCAGCAAAUUUUAUUGAUUUUAUUUUAUUAUUUUAUUUUAUUGAUGGGUAGCCUUAUCAAUUUAAUUAAAUAACAAGAAUAAUAGAGCUUAAUGUGCCCCAAAAGAUACUCCAAAGUUGUGUCUUCAAACCUGCUUUGUCCCCAGACCUUUCCAACGUUGCUCCCCAGAUGUUUUGGGCUCGCCAUCUGUUCCCAGGGCCAAUGGCUGAGAUCAGCAGGGCCAGGCACUCACACCUCUGCAGGGAAACCACCACCAAAAGGCCCCAUCCUAGCUGCUGCCAGUGCUGCUUCUGACCAUUGCCACCCACUCAUUCACACACACCCUCCCUAUGGCCCAGAGGGGAGAGCAAGUGAGCAGUGACAGUGGCCCAUGCCCUGCUGCAUACUGUGAGGAGCCACCCCCUUUCCACCAGGCUCCUCCCUCCAAGUCUCAAGAGACCAACCAUCGUAUUUGUUUCUCAAAAUACUGCACAAGCCUAUACAAGUUACAUAAGAGCCCUGUUGGAUCAGGCCAAAGGCCCACCUUGUCCAACAUCCUGUUCUCUCAGCGGGCAACCCGAUGCUCCAAUGGGAGGCCCAAAGUAGGACCUGGACACGCAGUACUCUGGGUCUCCACCUCCCACCCUGCAAUGUGCAGCAACUGGUAUUCAGAGGCGCAUUGCCUUUGACAGUGGAGUUGUGAGCCCCUGAGCCAAAUGCCCCUUUCACAAAUAGAAGAGCAGCAAAAGAAAGACAUGAUUCUCUCUCCUUUUAAUUUUUUUAUUUUAAACAUUUUCUCACAAGGAUCUAAAAAUAACUUCCCCCCCAAGCGCUUUGUAUAGAGAAUUUUUUUACCCCAACCCCCUAAAAAUUAACACUGUACAGCCUGCCCCUCCCAUCCCGUGCAGAUACCCUGCCCUACUUUAAAUGGAGUUAAUGGCCGCUUCUGCCCCAUCAGGAAAGGAAAGGAGGGGGGUGGAGUUCAGAUUAGUAUUGAGUAAAACCAUAUGCUUAUGUGCCUUAAGAAGAAAUCUUGUUAGCUUUGUUAUCU